AUUGAAGAACAAUCGAAGCCCAAAUACAUCUCAAAAACAUUAAAAAAAAAAAAACGUAAGCACUGUAGACAGUUCUUAAGCGCCCAUUGUCCAACGUCUAAAAAGAAACAACUGAACUGAACUAGGCAAAGGGAAUAAGAAGGGAAACGACGAGAGAAACAAAAACUAAGCUGCCAUGAAAGGAAGAGAAACCAAAGGAGCUCCUUCAGCAGAUUUGCUAGUAUGUUUCCCAUCUCGAGCCCAUCUAACCCUAAUGCCAAAGCCCAUUUGUAGCCCAGCAAAGUCAUCAGAACCCAACAAGCGCCACAACAAUCGCCACCGUCACCACCACCACCACUACCACCAACAGCACCGUCUCCUUAAGAAAUCAAGCACCAGAAAUGGUGGUGGAGCUGGCGCCCAAGCUAGCCCUCUGCUAUGGGCUAAAAACAAGCAAAUGGGAUCCGAGAUCACGGAACCAACCUCCCCAAAAGUCACCUGCGCAGGGCAGAUCAAAGUCAGGUCUAAACCAAGCUCACGUAAAAGCUGGCAAUCAGUCAUGGAAGAGAUUGAAAGGAUUCACAACAGCAGGCAACACAAAAAGAGGCCAAGUUGGGUGGAGUCACUUGGUUUUAAGAAAGAAGUCACGCAGUUCUUAACAUGUUUGCGAAGCAUUCGUCUUGAUUUUAGGUGUUUCGGGUCUUUUCCUCAAUCUGAUAUCACAACUGAUGAUGAAGAUGAAGAUGAAGAAUGUGAAGGAUACCAAGAAAACCACAACCAUGUAGAUGGCAAUGAGACAUCAAGAACCAUCUUUUCCAAAUGGUUCAUGAUGCUGCAAGAGAAUCAAAACAACGGCUUUUAUAAAGAAGAAAAGAAAGAAAAUGAGAGUUCCCAUGAUCAUGUUGAUGAUGAUCAAGCUGCAGUUCCACCUCCGAAUGCUCUCUUGCUUAUGCGUUGUAGGUCUGCUCCUGCUAAGAGCUGGCUAGAAGAGAAACCGGUAAAAGAGAACGAAGUGAAUGAGGAAAACAAAGAAAAAGAUGAAGAGAAAGAGAAAGAGAAAGAAGAAGAAGAAGAAUGUAAGAGGAAAGGUGAGAAAAAAGAAAAGAAUUUGAGGUCAUUAAUGGAAGAAGAAAACAGAAGGACAAAAGAGAGCUUGGUGGUGAUGAGAUACGACCCUGAUUUCUACAAAGUUUCAUCUGAUAUAGCCAAAGAGACAUGGCUUGUUGGAGGAAUGAGAGACCCAUUAUACCGAAGUCGAAGUUGGAAGAGAUGAUUAUCCCGGUGACAACUCUUUUUUUCCUCGUUCACUUCACAAAGAUAUUUCUGUGCUUUGUUUUGAACUUCACCACCCCCGCUUUAGUCUGAGUUCUUUUUUGAGAACUGGAAAUU